AUACAACCCAACCUUUCAGUAAAAGCUCUCUCUCUCUCUCUCUCUCUCUCUCUCUCUCUCUCUCUCAAUGAUUCGGUCAGUGAAAGUUGCAGUGAUUGGAGCCGGCGUCUCCGGCCUCAUCGCCGCACGAGAGCUUCAACGAGAAGGCCACUCCGUCGUCGUUUUCGAGAAGAACAACCGCGUCGGAGGCGCAUGGAUCUAUGACCCGAAAACAGAGUCCGACCCCAUUAGUGUUGACUCGACCCGAGAAAUCGUUCACAGCAGCCUCUACCUCUCGCUGCGCACGAAUCUCCCGAGACAGCUAAUGGAAUUUUCGGAUUACGCGUUUGCGAAGAAGGAAUCGGGCGACCCGAGAACGUUCCCGGGUCACGAGGAGGUGCUCCGUUUUCUGGAAGAUUUUGCGGGUGAUUUUGGGAUCGACGGGUUGAUCCGGUUCGAGAAGGAAGUGGUGAAGGUGGAAGGGAAGGGGAACGAGUGGGUGGUUGAGUCCAAGAGAACCCGGGGCGGUGAGUCGGCGAGUCGAGAGGUGUUUGAAGCGGUUGUUGUGUGUUCGGGUCACCACGUAGAACCCUACCUUGGUGAGGUUCCAGGAAUUGACACGUGGCGUGGGUUCCAGAUGCAUUCCCAUAACUACAGAGUUCCUCAACCUUUCACCGAUCAGGUUGUGAUUUUAAUUGGGCUUGGACCUACUUGCUUUGACAUCUCAAGAGAAAUUGCACAAGUAGCAAAGGAAGUUCAUGUAGCAACAAGACUAAAUCGAGAUAUAGCGGGUAUGAAGUCAGAAAACUGUGGAAAUUUAUUGUUCCAUUCUGUGAUCAAAUGUGUAUGCGAAGAUGGCUUGGUUGUCUUUGAAGAUGGAUUCUCUGUUUAUGCGGAUGCCAUAAUCCAUUGUACAGGGUACAAGUACCACUUUCCAUUCCUUGAAACCAAUGGAAGAGUAACCGUUGAGGAUAAUCGAGUUGGGCCACUAUACAAACAUGUUUUUCCUCCGGCAUUGGCUCCAGGGCUUUCUUUCAUUGGUUUAACCUACAAGGGUCUCGGGUUCGAUACACUUGAGUUACAAGCCAAAUGGAUUGCAAGAGUUUUAUCUGGUAAGGUUCAGCUACCUUCGGAAGAGGACAUGAUGGCAUCUGUUAAAGACUACUAUCAAUUAAUGGAGGAAAAUGGGUUGCCCAAGCGUUACACCCACUCCAUUUAUCCACUUCAGGCUGACUAUAAACAUUGGGUAGUUGCUCAACUUGGACUGCCUCCGUCGGAAAAAUGGAGGGAGGAAAUGGGUAAGGAGUGCUUUAAGAAUUUUGCUGAAAUCAACCAAAAUUUCAGAGAUGAAUGGGAUGAUACUUAUUGGGAUGCAAUCAUUCAGAGUACACCCACUUCGUAAAAUUAAAGAUAUUGCAUUUCCAAUGACAAUUAUUGAGCUUCUCUCUUUUGAAUACUUGCUAUUUUUUUAAUAAUAUACUAAAGAGUUUUAUUAAUUU